CACCCGCCCCCGACGACCGCCGGCGUCGCCUCCGACUCCGGCAAGGCCCACCAGAACACGCGCCGCCGCGGCCAGCCCUCCCCUCCGCCGCUGUAUUCCUCCUCCUCCCACCCCGUCCGCCGCCAUCAACACCUCGCCUCCGCGCCGCCUUCUUCCCCUCCGUCGAGGCGUCAGCGGCGGCUAACGUCGUCGGAUCCCCGCCUCCUCACCUCCCCGUAACGCAUCCCGCGCCGCCUCGCCGCGCCCUUUCUCCGUCACCUGCCACCGCCCCGCCCCCCCUCUUCCCCCUCCUGCCUCCGAGCACCCCAACCCCUAACCCUAACUUGUCGUCACCGUCGCCGGAGUCCACCCGAGAUCGGUAGAGCCCUGCCCGGACGCGGAGAAGAAGCUGCCUGGUCCGCGAUCGGAUCGUGAAGCAGAUCGACAGGAGGCGCCACCAGAAACAAGCAAAAAACAAAAGCCUCCUUACCAGCUCCCUCCUCAUGAGUUACUGAUGGCUCCAAAAAGGAAAGUGAAUGAGUCAAUUGUGGCUAAUCUACCUAUUCCUGAUCCAUCAAUGCCAAUUAAAAUCCCUGGAGACUCUAAGAUUGAAAUUCAAAACCGAAGCAGAAACUUGACAGUUUAUGCCAGCAAAGUUGUUGAUAGUGUGGCAUAUAAUGCUAUGUUGUCAUAUCCGGAAGGUCAACAAGAGAAAUGUGUAGCAGUGUGUAGAAGAUUGGAACAUGCUCAUGCACUUUUUGACAUCCUUGCAAGUUGCUCCCACAGCAACAUCAUUGAACCUAUUGGAAUUUGGGAAGAAAAGGGGACGAAGCUGGCAUAUAUUGUUUUUCCAUGCUUUGAUGGACCACUGAGUUUAAUUCCAACAGAAGAAAUAUUUGAUGUGGAGGAUGCCACGAAUGACAAAUCUUAUACAUUUGGCUUCACUGACCAAGGAUGCAAAAUUUUUGUAGAAAUGUUUAUGGCCGUCAAAUAUGUCAAUGACCUAUAUGAUGAUGAACAAAUACCUUUGAAGGCAUUGAAUUUUGAUGAAAGUAAAAUAUUUUACCAGUUGAACGCUCAGCGGGACUACCGUGUCCUGUUAACUGACUUCAAGUUGGAGAUUUCACCAACCGGUAAUGCGAGAAAUAACCGGAAAGGCAAGGGUAAAGCUUCUAGCACAGCAGUACCAACUGUUGAUGAGCUAAAGGUUGCAAAUUGGAAUGGUUUGGGGCAGCUUCUUCAAAAGCUCCAUAAAAACCUUGGACUUCACGCAGAACUAAACCAUUUUGCUGAACUUCUUGGGAAAAAAACAGUAAAGUAUGAAGAUCUGGUGUGGGAAGCUGGAUUAUGGGAACAUAACAGCAAAGUGCAAUUUAUCAGGGAGAUAUAUUGGCACUAUAACAACGAUGAGGCAAAAAUAUCCCAGCUUAAGCUUAGAGCAUCUCUUGGUCUCAAAAGCUGCAUUGACAAGUUGGAGGUGAACAAAUCAAGAGAGCCAAACAAAGAAAUCAAUGACAAAAGCUUGUAUAACUCCUUAUUCUUCCUCAGAGUUUACAUGGUUGCACACCGAGACGAUUUAAUCAAAGGAUACAGUGGAGCAAAGGAAACAGUGGAGGACAGGAAAGCCGUUGUGAGGCUGCUGAUGAAAGAGUGCCCUACAUAUAUGGUGAAACUCAUUGCAGAAAUACGUCAUUUAGGCUGGAUUAAGGAAUCACCAUUUUUGCGGAAGGAUAAUCAGUACAUGAGAGAGUUUUAUCCACCAAAAGCUGCAAAAUGAUCACUAUGCGUACAAUUGCUUCUGAUACACUGCUGCUCUUAGGAAAAGUGCUGAUGAAGGAAACUUUGGUACAAAUGACAUUUCGUUUUUAACAUGGUCUGGAAAGUUGCACUAAAUGGCAGGGGAACUUCUUGUGGCAAAAACUAAUGGAAUCAUUUAUACUUUAUGCACUGUUGUAGCCUGUAAUUUACUGCUAUGUGGUGUAUAACAUUCAUUUCACCUGCUUAGAUGAGGAUUAACAUAUACAAAGGCAAAAUUGGAAUGUGAAAAAAGUGUUUCCCCUUUUUGGCAUCUACAUCAUGAUAGAUUUAGGUAAGUACAGUAGUAUUUUCUUAUUGGACACAUGUUAAUAACAUAUUUUGGAUAUCUGGUGCACAAUUUGCAUCCACA